AUGGGAAAGAAGAAGAGGAUAGAGGAGAGUGCAGUCGAUAUAAGGGGCAACAGAAAUGCCAAGUCAGAUGCAGAUGCAGGAGUACAAGCGAAGAAGAAGAUCCUUAAGCUCACAAAGAAGCUGCAGCAACCUGGGGUGCCCCCAGAAAAGAAAGCUCGCCUGCUGAAUAAACUUGAGGGCAGCCUCGCCAAACUUGACUCGCUGCCUGGCCUGCAGACCAAUGGCCACCCAGCGGGUAUCCCUGGAUUUGUCACAAGGACACCUGAGGAGGAGGCUAGGAGGCAGCAGCGAGCCGCCCGAUUUCAGGAAUGCAUGAGUUCCGCUCCUCUGCAGGAGGCUGUCACUCUGCAGGCGGCGCGAUCGGAGGGGAAGCAGGCGGUGUAUGGCCAGAACCAGCAGCUGGAAAAGGAGUACCUGCGGCUGACCUCAAUGCCGACAAUCGAUGCCGUGCGGCCGCCGUCCGUCCUAAAAAAGGCUCUCAAACACGUGCAGCAGCGGUGGAUGCAGGAUGCACACUAUGAGUAUGCAUGCGAGCAGCUGAAGAGCAUUCGGCAGGACCUGACGGUGCAGCUCAUCCGCAAUGAGUUCACAGUGCACGUGUACGAAACGCAUGCCCGCAUAGCGCUCGAGCAGGGAGACCUAGCAGAGUUCAACCCAUGCCUGUCGUUGCUGCAGCAGCUGUAUGCUGACAAGAUCGAGGGCAAUGAGACGGAGUUCAUGGCGUACGGGCUGCUGUACGCGGCUGUGACUAACCCCAAGCAGCUGGCCAUGGAGUUGCGCGGCGUUCCCUGCACAGCCUGGCAGCACCCCUACAUGGAGCACGCCCUCAGGGUGUGCCUGGCCUGCGCGCGCAGCGAUGCAUGCGAGCUGUUAGACCUGUACGCAUCAGCUCCGCGCAUGACUCCAUACCUGAUGGAUGGCUUGCUAGAGCGGCUGCGCGUGCGGCUGGCGGCCGCGCUAUCGGCGUAUUCCCCCUCCGUGCCCCUCGCAUCCGUCGCGGGAACCCUAGGGUUCGACACCCUCCGGCAGGCUGGGGAAUUUUUGGAAAGAAGAGGAGCUGUUGUGGACUGGAAGGCGCUUGUGGUGGUCACCAAGCAGUCAAAGGCACCCACAGUGACUCUAUGA